AGCACCCCCGUUAGUAGAAUUCAACAACCCCACGUCAUUUUAUUACUAAAGCGAGACCCUGGAGGGGCAUUCAAAGGAAGUAAUUCACGACAACUACUACCUGUCCGCCGACACUUCAGUACACACCAAAAAAAAUGGCUGGAAGACAAGAAACCAUCAACCUCGAUACGCUAGAGCCUCAGCAGCUUGCCCAAGUCAAGAAGCAGCUUGAUGAAGAGCUCGAGCACUUGACGACGUCGUUCGCACAACUCCAUGCCGCCCAGAACAAGUUUAAAGACUGCCUCCGAUGCGUUAAAAGUCGCGCUGCCGCUCCCGAAGGAUCCAACUCUGUACUGGUUCCCCUCACCAACUCCCUCUACGUUCGCGGUGAGCUCGCAGAUGCCGAUACUGUAUUGGUGGAUGUAGGCACUGGAUUCUUGGUUGAAAAGAAACUCAAGUCGGCCGAAAAGUUCUACGAGAGCAAGGUUGAGGAGCUGGGUAAUAACCUGAAAGACCUCGAGGUUAUUGUCCAACGGAAGCAGACAAAUGCACGAACGAUUGAAGAAGUUUUGAGGCAAAAGAUCAUGGCUGGCCAAGGGCAAGGCGAUCAACAGGCCUAAAAGAAAGAAUCAAAAACUUCUCAUCAUUCUAGGUACGAUGAAGAUUAGCCAGACGCCAGUUUAGUAGGUAUCUUACGGUGAUCCCCCAGGCGGCACAGCAUCGCCUUUGCGAACCUGCUAUGACGAGGCAGUAUCAGCAUGCACUCUGUUCAGGAGGGCUUGGACCUCCAUAAUGAUCCGCAAGAAGCACCCGAGCCUCGACUGGAGAUCAUCACCCUCCUCCCAAAUAUUCUCGAGCCCCUCCCCCCAGUCCUUUCGGCCACCACUGGAGUGGUUCACACUUUCCUCCCAGUGGGGGGCGUAUAAUUCAACCCCCCAAGUAACAUUUUGCUCCCCAAUCGUGCGAGAUCCCUUUAGAGUCUUGGUGAUGUUGAUCUUGAGGACAUAGGGGGAUUCUUUGAAUGGAAUUAUUGCCCAAGAUCUUGCCUGAAUUUCAGUGAUUUGCUCAUCGGGGAUCGCAAGUUUACUCGUGUUGACUUUUGGCAAAGGGAGAAUGGUGCCCUCGUCUGGUUUGAAGACAACCGAUAUCCUCUUUGCAAGAUCUCUAAACUCUGUUGGAACGUCCACUUUGUCCCAAGCGUCCAUCCGAAUGUUCCAAUCGUGUUCCCUGUAAGUGCAAGACAUGAGUAAGUGAGAUUUGUUUCGAAUAAUUGACGUACAUGUUAGGAGCAGCAAUCGUCCAACUCCAACGUGCCCGGGUCUCUGGCCUAGUAGCGCGGACCAUUGCUAGUUGCAUAAGUUGAGGAUUGUAGUCGGCCUCAGUCUUGAUUUGUAGACCACUGGCCACUACAACCACCUCACAACCUCGCCUCAUGUCCUUCAUGUUCUUGCAGAUGCCUGCUUCUGGGCGUGAGAUAUACUGCAAGAGUUGCUCCGCCUCGUUAGCGUCUCCAAGUCUAUUGCGUGUCAGAAGCGGUGGUCCAAUUUGAGCCUAUUGCCUGCUCACCUGGUUACAAUCGAGGCUCCUCCACGACUGGGAUACAUGUUCAUAAGUCUGGUGAAAUGGGCGAAUGCGAUCUCGUCUUCAGUACCUUUCGGUCUCUUGGCAAUGAUAACGUGCCCGAAAUUGACUCGCAAGCCCAUGGUCUUAUUGAGUGCCAUGAGGCCUUCUGCUGAGGACGCCAGGUCGGACGCUAGUCUUGGCAAAUGUUCAUCCAUUGAGGAAGCAUUACUGACAGGAUUCGAGGUUUUAGAAAGAAAAGAUGGGCGUGCUCCAAGUUUCAACUGAAUCAUAUCAGUGACGACCGCUUUAGUUGGCCUCUGUACAAGAAAGCGCGCGGGAGAACUGUCGUUAGAUAGACGCAUGUCCCGAAUUCUCCAGUUAACCGCUUCAAACGCCUGCUGGAGGCGAUGGAUAGAAUCGCAGUGAAUCUCAAGAAUGUUUGGUACAUCCCGCGUGAUAUAGACCCGAUACUUUCUGCGGAUAUCGUCGAGUGCCGCUGGUUCAUCCAAUGCAAC